AUGGCCACAGGAAGAUUGACACUCGAAAUGUGGAACUCAUUCCUGAAUGAAGCACACCUGGACAGUGAAAAACUGCCGCUCGACCUUGACCCUGAGGAACAAGAACGACUGAUAACGACCAAUCUAGAGUUCCCAGGGAACUACAGCAUCCAAAUCGCUGGCAUGAGACGGUGUAUGGCAGACGCGAACCGCCUGCAAUACUACGACGAUUUGCUUAGGAAACAGGAAGCUGAAGCGGAAGAAGGACAGUCGUUGGAAGAAGAAGUUCUAUCGAGACUAGAAGCCAACCACAACAUCCUGAAGCCCGACAGACCACAACCACAGGAACGAUCCACUACUUCACCAGCAGUACAACUCAGCGAAGGGCCGGAGGGUGCCAGUGCACUAUUCCAAGAGAAAAAUUCGGCGGAAAACACUCGCGAGGUCGAGAACACCAAGAUUCAAAGUAACGCUGGAUUCAUGGAGCCUCUGGACUUUGACGAGGAACAACCCGAAGAGCAGCCUAUGGACUUUGCUGGCGAUCAACCAGUCGAAGAACAACUUGCCCUUCGGCAAGAGGAAGAAGCAGAUGAAGGGCUGGUAGUCCUCGAUGAAGUGGAAGGCGACAAUGAUGAUCAGGAGAUCAUCGUGGUCGUGGAGAAUCCUCCUCAACACCGUGGUGGAGAAGCUCGUCGACGGUGUUCAUAG